CCUAUCUCCGCACAACUCACAACAACAUUGCAACACCUUUCCUCUCCUCUACCCUCACUUCAACUUUUUAGUGGAUCCUUUUCCUUUCUUUCUCCACGCCAUUGAAAAAAAAAGGCAGAGAAAAUGGAGAUUGCUGGAAUAGUGAUGAUGUCAUUGAGUCUUAUGAUGAUGCUGAUGUGGAAGAGUGUGGAUGGUUACGGUGGUUGGGUCAAUGCUCGAGCCACAUUCUAUGGAGGUGCUGAUGCUUCCGGUACCAUGGGCGGCGCAUGUGGAUACGGGAACUUAUACAGUCAAGGAUACGGCACAAACACGGCAGCUCUAAGCACGGCUUUAUUCAACGGUGGCCAAACCUGCGGGGCUUGUUUUCAGAUAAAAUGCGUAAACGAUCCAAAAUGGUGUCUCGGGGGAACAAUCACCGUCACCGGAACAAACUUUUGUCCACCAAACUUUGCUCAGGCCAACGACGCCGGAGGUUGGUGUAACCCUCCCCAACAUCACUUCGAUUUGGCUCAGCCCAUCUUCCUCCGUAUCGCUCAAUACAAAGCCGGCGUCGUCCCCGUUCAAUACCGGAGAGUGGCUUGCCGAAGGAAAGGAGGAAUACGAUUCACCAUCAACGGUCACUCAUACUUCAACCUCGUACUCGUAACUAACGUAGCCGGCGCCGGAGAUGUUAUCUCCGUCUCCGUUAAAGGAACCAAAACAGGAUGGCAAAGCAUGUCAAGAAACUGGGGACAGAACUGGCAAAGCAACGCAAAUCUUGAUGGUCAAGCUCUCUCGUUCAAAGUAACAACUAGUGAUGGCCGUACAGUUGUAUCUAACAAUGCUACUCCACGUAACUGGAGCUUCGGACAGACUUACACCGGAAGACAGUUCCGGGCUCCGAGGUGAUGACGUGGACUAUAUGGAGGACAGAAAAAAAAAAGUUUUUACUUAUUACUGA